UUCGCAGUCCAGAUCCCCGGACGCCAGCGCCCCUGUUCCCCUCCCGACCGCCACAAAGCCUGCGGUUCUAGGAAGAUGCGGCUUCCGGGAAGGGCUGGGACGCAGCGAACAAAAGAUUAGGAGGCGCCUGGCCCCGCCCCUCCCUCCUGUCCGGCCCGUCCCCCUCGUCCUUCCAGGCUGCUAGCUCUACAGCCUUUCAGUCCCUGCUCGUCUCCUGUGCGCCCCGGGACCUUGACCUUCGUGCCCUCGACACCCACUGGCUCCCUUCUGCUCCGGUCCCGCCGAGUCCCGACUCUCGAGCCGCCCUUGCCUCUGGGAUAUGGUCCUUUGCGUACAGGGAUCUUGUCCUUUGCUGGCUGUGGAGCAAACUGGGCAGCGGCCUCUGUGGGCCCAGUCUCUGGAGCUGCCUGGGCCAGCCAUGCAGCCCUUGCCCACUGGGGCAUUCCCAGAGGAGGUGGCAGAGGAGACCCCUGUCCAGUCAGAGAGCAAACCAAAGGUGCUAGACCCUGAGGAGGACCUGCUGUGUAUAGCCAAGACUUUCUCCUACCUUCGGGAAUCCGGAUGGUAUUGGGGUUCAAUUACAGCCAGUGAGGCCCGGCAGCACCUACAGAAGAUGCCAGAGGGCACAUUCCUGGUGCGAGAUAGCACCCACCCCAGCUACUUGUUCACGCUGUCCGUCAAAACCACCCGUGGCCCAACCAACGUACGCAUUGAGUAUGCUGAUUCUAGCUUCCGACUGGACUCCAACUGCUUGUCCAGACCUCGAAUCCUGGCCUUCCCAGAUGUGGUCAGCCUUGUGCAGCACUAUGUGGCCUCCUGUGCUGCUGACACCCGGAGUGACAGCCCAGAUCCUGUUCCCACCCCAGCCCUGCCUCUGCCUAAACAAGAUGCACCUGGCGACUCAGCCCUGCCUCUCCCCAUGGCUACCGCUGUGCAUUUAAAACUGGUGCAGCCCUUUGUGCGAAGGAGCAGUGCCCGCAGCUUACAGCAUCUGUGUCGCCUAGUCAUCAACCGCCUGGUGGCCGAUGUGGACUGCCUACCGCUGCCCCGGCGCAUGGCUGACUACCUCCGACAGUACCCCUUCCAGCUCUGACUGGGUCAGGCACCCUGCCUUGCCUCACAUAAUUACAUCCUGGAGGGGACACAGGGCCCAGCUGGACUUGGGUUCCUGUUGUCCCUUUUUCAUUCAUCCUGGUGCCCUGCAUACAUACAGCUGGCUCAGAAAGUGCCAGCAAGAACAAAGCAGGUGGGAGAAGGGUUGUCACACGACUCUGAGGUUGAUGCCUCCAGGUCCCGCAUGGCUCUUUGUGGUGAGCCGUGUGUCAGAGCUCAGUGAGACAGGCAGGUCCUUGUCUCACCCUGGAGGCUGGACCCAGGCCUCCAUUCACUCGCGUGCCCUAGUUACUCAGACUCUGUAUGUUCUCCCAGCCCUGAUCUCUUAACCUACUGGGUAGGGCAGGUCCCCUGCCCAUCUAUAGAGCAGUCAGCUUGUUUCUGGGAGAGGAUCAGCCAGAGGAACUGAGUUUGGUAGGGCCAGCCCCUUGUGGGGAAGCAGGCCAGGCUGAGGGACUACAUAGUUAUACAGUAUUUAUUUAUUUAUUCUUUUGGGGGUUGGGGGUGGGUUAAUGGCAUGAGCCAUUUCACUUCUCUGCCCUAGGCCUGGGUGGUUCAAAGAUCCCUGGCUCUGGUUCUUCCCAUGGAGACCCCCAUCCCCAGAUGUAUUGUUGGACCCAAAGUAGUCCUGAAUGCCUUGGCCCUGUGCAUGGAUGUGCUCACUCUCUUUUCUCCUAGCCUCUUUUGAGAGGCUGGGUAACCAGACAAACAGGAGCCAGAAACAUAGAGCUCACACUUAACCUCACAGGCCAGUGCCAUGGCCCCUGCAGAAGGCCACACGCUGGGUCAGGAAGGGGAUUGCUGGCCUAAGAGCUACUGUAGCAACUCCUUUGUGUCUGCUUCCGGCCCAGGAAAUCAGGAAGUUGCCUGCAUGUGAGAGAGGGAGAAAUAUACACCUAAGGAGACUUUAUAAAGCAGUUAUUAUAACACAAAAACCAGUUUGGUAGUUUUCCUUCCACUGAUUUUUUUCUAUAAUGAUAAUAAAAUUAUGCCUUCCAUUUA